AUGCUCGCUCAACAAAACCAGGGCCCCUCCCUCUCCAUCAUUGCUCACGGCGCAUCCAACUUGAAGGAUGUCGAGACCUUUGGUAAGCAGGACCCUUACUUCCGCUUCACCCUUGACCUCGAGAACCCCAAGUCCUUCCAAAAGACCUUCGUCCACAAGAACGCCGGCAAGAACGCCGUCUGGAACCAGUCCUUCAACGUCCCCCUCAACGGCGAGCCAGACCUCUUCAUCGAGAUCAUGGAUGAAGAAACCACUACCGACGCCAUCAUUGCCUUUGCAGCCAUCCCCCUCAACCAGGUCGUCCAUGCCCCCGGUGGAAACCUCAACGCCAUCUUCUCUGUCUAUACCCCUGACGGCAAACAGAACGGUGAAGUUACUUUGACCUUGACCGUUCAUAAUGUCCCCGGUCAGAACUCGGACUACCUGGCUGCGGGCGGUCAGGAGGAUAUCCGGUUUGGUGUCUCGAGAAUUGUGGAUGUUCAUUUGAAGAGGGCCAAGUCGUUGAAGAACAAGGAAAUGGCUACUGAUGCCGGCCUUGCUGUUGCCGGUGGUUUGUUCGCCAUUGGUGCUGGACUCCUCGCAAACAAGUUGAACAACGACCACAACCAAGAAGAGCAGGAUAGGAAGAAUGCUGACCUUGAGGAGCAGCAGGAGCACGAGCGGUUCGAGGACGAGAAGAGACGUCUUGAGGCUGAGCAGGCUAAAUUCCAGGCUGACCAGGAGGCCUUCAGGAGGCAGCAGGAGGAGAACCAGCAGAACCAGUAUGAGAGCCACCACGAGCACCAUCGCCGCGAAGAACAUGGUGGAUGCGAGUGGGACCCUGUUGGAACCUACUCUGCUGGCGACAAGGUCGAGUACCACGGACGCGAUUAUAUCUGCCUCCAGGGACAUACCUCCAACCCUACCUGGGAACCUACCGUCGCCAACUCCAUCUGGCGCCGCGACUAA